AGUGUCCCCUAUGUUAAGUCACGCUCUUCAAGAUGGCAGCGCCCAUGAGCUCUUCCGUACCCUGCCCGUGACAGGGACCCCGGUCAAAUUGACGGCUUGCGUAAUUCUCCGUCCCGACUUGGUCGGGAAUAUGUUGCGGGCUUCCCUCCGAGAGAUUUCUGCAGCACUAAAGGAAGGCCAAGUGAGUCCAACAGAGCUUUGUCAGAAAUGUCUCUCCCUCAUAAAAGCCACCAGAUUUCUUAAUGCUUAUAUCACUGUAGCAGAAGACACAGCAAUAAAGCAGGCUGAAGCAUCAGAAAAGCGGUACAGACAAGGUCAGACACUGGGGAAUUUAGAUGGCAUUCCUUUUGCUGUGAAAGACAACUUCAGUACAGCUGGCAUUGAGACAACAUGUGCAUCCAGCAUGCUAAAAGGUUAUAUACCCCCUUAUAAUGCAACAGUGGUUCAGAAAUUGCUGGAUCAAGGAGCAGUGCUUCUUGGAAAAACAAACUUAGAUGAAUUUGCGAUGGGUUCAGGGAGCACAGAUGGAGCUUUUGGACCAGUUAGAAACCCUUGGAGUUAUUCACGACAGUACAGAGGGAAGUGUGUGAAAAAUGCCAGCACUCAGAGUGGAGACCCUGACUGGUUGAUUACUGGAGGAAGCUCUGGAGGCAGUGCAGCUGCAGUAUCAUCUUUCACGUGCUUUGUGGCACUGGGAUCCGAUACAGGAGGAUCCACCCGAAAUCCCGCCUCUCUGUGUGGUGUUGUUGGUUUGAAACCGACCUAUGGUUUGGUUUCCCGUCAUGGUCUCAUUCCACUUGUUAACUCCAUGGAUGUUCCAGGCAUCUUAACCAGAAGUGUGGAUGAUGCAGCUACUGUUUUGGGUGUGCUUGGAGGACAUGAUCCAAAAGACUCAACCACAGUGCAAGACCCUUUUUGUCCAUUUCAGCUACCUAGUUCAAUAGAUUUGAAAAACCUUUGCAUAGGUAUACCAAAGGAGUACAAUGUACCGGGAUUGUCUCGUGAAACACUGACAGUGUGGUCCAAAGCAGCUGAUCUCUUUGAGAAAGCCGGUGCCCAAGUGAUUGACGUGAGCCUGCCCCAUACCUCUUACUCCAUCGUCUGCUACCACGUACUGUGUGCAGCAGAGGUAGCAUCAAAUAUGGCCCGAUUUGAUGGUCUAGAAUAUGGACAUCGAAGCAAUGUUGAUGAGUCUACUGAAGCUCUUUAUGCAGCAACACGCCGGGAAGGCUUUAAUGAUGUUGUGAGGGGAAGAAUUCUGUCAGGAAACUACUUCUUGCUAAAACAGAACUAUGAGAAUUACUUCAUUAAAGCUCAGAAAGUGAGAAGACUCAUUGCCAAUGAUUUUGCAAAGGUCUUCCACUCUGGUGUCGAUAUUUUGCUCACUCCAACUACUCUGAGCCAUACUGUGCCAUACGCAGAGUUCACCAAAGAAGACAAUAGAACCCGCAGUACGCAGGAUGACAUUUUCACUCAAGCGGCCAACAUGGCUGGGCUGCCAGCUGUAAAUGUUCCUUCUGCACUCUCAGAGGAAGGCUUACCAAUUGGACUACAGUUUAUUGGCCAGGCUUACCAGGAAAGGCAGCUUCUCACAGUGGCCAAGUGGUUUGAAAAGCAAGUUCAGUUCCCUGCCAUACAGCUAAAUGGGAUAAUGGAGAAUCUGGACACAACCCCACACUGGGAGAAGUCUGCUUUUUUAACAUGAAAAGUGACUGCAAAGAUUUGUUAAAUACACAAUAAAAAAAGAUUGUGGAGAUGCCUGAAGCCUUAUGGGCAGAUUGA